UCCUUGGGGUCCAGAGGUGGUGCCUCUGCGCGGUGCUCCUCACCCGCCUCUGCUCCCGAGCUGCGGCGGCGGCGGCGGCGGGCUGGCGGGACUCUCCGCGCCGCGCCUGCCUGGGGCACGGAGACCUUCCUCCUCCGCAGCUGCCUUCUCCCUGCUCCUGCGCCCGCCUCUCCGGGGUCCCUGGUGCGCGCUGCAGUUCGAAUCCGUGCUUGGAGCUGGAUCCUUACAGUAGAACUGUCCAACACAUUGGACAGACUUCUCGGAUGAAGAGUGCCUAAGAGACUGACGGUCAGCAUUUCCUAAGAUGGAGAAGACAGAUGCCAAAGACCAGUCCUCGCAGGGGGAUGAGGAGAAAGGCCCUCCAAAGAGCCUCCCCUACUCCGUGGAGACCCCAUAUGGCUUUCAUUUAGACCUGGACUUCCUCAAGUAUGUGGAUGACAUUGAGAAGGGAAACACCAUCAAGAGGAUUCCUAUCCACAGACGGGCCAAGCAGGCCAAGUUUAGCACUUUGCCCCGAAACUUCAGCCUUCCCGACAGCGGGGCUCGCUUGCAAACUGCUCUUUCCCACCAAACCUGGUCCCCGGCGGUGUCCAGGAAGGUGUCGCUGGGGACCGAGGAGCGGGCCCAGUCUCUGCCGCCUGGUGAGCACCCCCAGGCCACCGCGGGUGGGAGCGAGGGGAGCUACCACAGGAAGGCCCUGCUGGCCGAGGCCGCCAGGCAGCUGGAGGCGGCUGCCCCCCGGGACCCCGAGCUGACCACCGGGAGCGGACGGCCCCAGCUUUUGAGAGCAUCGAGCAUGCCAGCCACCCUGCUGCAGAACAGGGGCUCGGAGGACCCCAGCCUGACCUCAGGGCCCCCCGCACCUCCCGCCCACCCUCCACUUGCGGCUGAAGGCGCCUUUGGCCCCGCGGAAGGAUUUGCGGGUGUUCACAACUCCACCCCAGGAGCAGCAACCCAACCCCAAGGCCGAGAGUUUGGAGACCUGGUGCCGGGGGUUCCGGAGCUGGUCCGGGAGAGGGCUGAGCCUCCUCGGGCUGCAGAAGAGGCCCCACAGCACCUGUCUCUCCCCAGGCCCCGCUUCUCACCCCCGAAUGCACUGGUAGUUUCAGAGGAUGCAAAAGACCAACUUCCCCCCAGAGGAGCAGAGGUGGUGUUCAGCCCUGGCUGCCCGACACCCAGCCCCCCACCUCUGCCAUCACCCAUCCCUGAGACUGAGCUCCCCCUGGAAGAAAUCGAGCUCAACAUCAGUGAGAUCCCGCCCCCGCCUCCCGUGGAGGUGGACGUGAGGAGCAUCGGCACCCGGGUCACGGAGGAAAGCCUGGGCCUUGCCCCCGCGGAUCCUGGCAGCAUCUCCAUCCUGAGGCAGCAGCUCCUGGCCCUGGAGGGGGAGUUGUCUGGGAAAACAGAGGAGCUGGCCCAGGUCAGAGCUGCCCUCCAGCAACAGGAGGAGGAAAUCAAGGCCAAGAGGCAGAGGAUUCAAGAGCUGGAGUGCAGGGUCGCUCAACUGGCAGAAAAGCUUAGCCACGAGAACACCGAAGACACUCAGGGCCAAGCGGAUGCCACGGUCAACACUGAGCCUCUCCAGGGACUCCUGACCAGGGAGUCGUGUGACAAGAGCAUUGGUGUUAACCUUCUGAGCAGCGCGGAAUCUGAAAGUUGGGGGGCCCCAGGAGAGGAGAAUGACCUGUGUGGGCAGGACAGUCAUACACAGCGGGAUCAGAGCCCAGCAGAAUUUGUGCCACCAUCCCAGCUGUCACUGCCGCAGGACCCCGAGAUGGUCCUCACCUCUUCUUUACAUAGCUGCCUCUCCACUGAGCUCAGGAUCGAAGAAGCAAGCUCUGAGCAGGAGGGAGACCCUCAGGUGGGAGACAGGGAUCUGGUCGGGGGAGCAGGAGACUCUUCAUGCAGCAGCGACAUAAAGGCGCCCUCAGCAGGGAGGGAGGCCAGUCCAGAGCACCCAGGGAAGGAGGGCCCAGGAAGGCCGCCCAGCUCGCCCACAGAUGCCACUAUUGGGCAAUACGUUAAGAAGAUCCAGGAGCUGCUGCAGGAGCAGUGGAGCUGCCUGGAGCACGGGUACCCGGAGCUGGCCAGCGCCAUCAAGCAGCCCGCCUCCAAGCUCAGCAGCAUCCAGCGCCAGCUCCUGAGCUCCCUCAACCUGCUGCUGUCUGCCUACUCCGCCCAGGCUCCAGCCCAGAAGGAGUCCCCGGCCCCCUCCUCCUCUCCACCACCAAUGGAGCUCUCCCCGUCGACCAGCCUUAAAUCCAUAAUGAAAAAGAAAGACUAUGGCUUCCGUGCAGGAGGUAAUGGGACCAAAAAGAACCUUCAGUUUGUUGGGGUUAACGGUGGCUACGAGACCACCUCCAGCGAGGAGACCAGCGGUGAGGACAGCUCCCCAGAAGACUUGUCUGACAGCGAGGCUGAGAAGAAAUGUGAUGGCCCAGAACAUAGGUGGGGCAAGGAUGACCACCCAGGCUGCAAGGCGGGGCAAGGCAUCUCCGAGGGCACCUGCAACACAGGCCAGGAAAAAGGGCUUGGGGAAGAACUCCCCCUUCCCAAGGCUGAGAGAUAUAAACCCUCCGAAGAAUUUCUUAAUGCAUGCCGGGCAUUGAGCCAAUAUCUGCCAGACACUGGGACCACCACCGACCAGCUCUUGAGGCAAAACUUGAACACCAUCAGUCAAGAGUGGUUUCGCAUCUCUAGCCGGAAGUCAUCGAGUCCUGCUGUGGUGGCUGCCUACCUCCAGCCUCACUCCCCACACUUCCUAAAGCUGCUUGUCAACUUGGCUGACGGAAAUGGAAACACAGCCCUUCACUACAGUGUGUCCCACUCCAACUUCUCCAUCGUCAAGCUGCUGCUGGAGACAGGCGUCUGCAACGUGGAUCAUCAGAACAAAGCUGGCUAUACCGCCGUGAUGAUCACUCCCUUGGCUUCUGCAGAGACCGAUGAGGACAUGGCUGUCGUCUGGAAGCUCUUAAGAGAAGGAAAUGUGAACAUCCAAGCUACCCAGGGAGGCCAGACUGCGCUGAUGCUGGGAGUCAGCCACGACAGGGAGGACAUGGUCCAAGCGCUGCUGAGCUGCCAGGCAGAUGUCAACCUGCAGGACCACGAUGGAUCAUCGGCCCUCAUGCUGGCCUGUCACUGUGGCAACGCUGACAUGGUGCGGCUGCUCCUGGCACACCCGGCCUGUGACAGCAGCCUGACAGACAAGGCUGGCCGAACAGCUUUGUCCAUCGCGCUGAAACCGCCCGCCCAUGUGGAAAUCGCUGAGCUUCUGCAGGCCCACGCGGAGCAGGGCAGGUCCCUGAGGCUGUAGGAGCUGUGGAGGGACCGGCAGCCGGGAACAAAAGGCCCCUUCUCUGGACUCCUCCCUCGCCCUUGGAGAGGGCAUGGGUCACAGCCAGAGGGCUGCCCCUCAAGAGAAGAAGCUAUGUCAGAUAUGCGCAUACAUUCCUGGGGUAUCAUUCUGCUCAUUAGGAUGCUUUGUAGUUUUGCCUUAGGUCAGGCCCCCAACGCAGGCUGCAGAGCAGGGCGAAGGAGCCAGGCUAAAGUCCCUCACGUCACAGCCUGGCAUUCUUCCUGACUCUCCCCUUUGUAGCACCGCUUAGGGAGCUGGCCGGCAGGAGCACAUUAGAAAAACAAUACUUUUUACAUGGAAUUUUAAAGUGCGCCUCUCUGGUUUUUAAUCCAUCAUACAUGAAGAUGUCCUCUUGAAUAUGCAUGUCUAGGGAGGACGGGGAGAUGUACACAGUCCUCCCUGCGUCAUUCUCUAGACGACCGAGGAGAAUCACCUGGCAGACAGGGGAACCUGAACGGACCCCAGAUGGGGCCUUUGCUCAGUUGGGGCGGACAGAGAAAGCUUAAAUUCAGGCAAGAUAGAAAGAAGCACACGGGCGCCAGUGCCAGAUAGACCGUCUUGGCCAUCUGUGGCUCCAGUUUGCUCCAAGGAUAUUGGGAUUAAUCAGGAAAUCCAAUCCAGUGAAGCACAUCCUGUGUAUUGAGGCAGAGUCAGGGAUGCCAGCUCUUCCGAAAGAAACAAGUAAACCGACUGAGGAUCCUCCUGGGGCCAGAGACCACAUUUCCUCCAUAGCUGCGUCCAUGGCCGUGUGGUAAUCCCAGCUCCUUCCCUCACAGCUGUGUCCAUGGCCGUGUGGUAAUCCCAGCUCCUUCCCUCACAGCUGUGUCCAUGGCCGUGUGGUAAUCCCAGCUCCUUCCUAUCGCAGCUGUGUCCAUGGCCGUGUGGUAAUCCCAGCUCCUUCCCUCACAGCUGUGUCCAUGGCCAUGUGGUAAUCCCAGCUCCUUCCCUCACAGCUGUGUCCAUGGCCGUGUGGUAAUCCCAGCUCCUUCCCUCACAGCUGUGUCCAUGGCCGUGUGGUAAUCCCAGCUCCUUCCCUCACAGCUGUGUCCAUGGCCGUGUGGUAAUCCCAGCUCCUUCCCUCACAGCUGUGUCCAUGGCCGUGUGGUAAUCCCAGCUCCUUCCCCUCACAGCUGUGUCCAUGGCCGUGUGGUAAUCCCAGCUCCUUCCCCUCACAGCUGUGUUCAUGGCCAUGUGGUAAUCCCAGCUCCUUCCCUCACAGCUGUGUCCAUGGCCGUGUGGUAAUCCCAGCUCCUUCCCCUCACAGCUGUGUCCAUGGCCGUGUGGUAAUCCCAGCUCCUUCCCCUCACAGCUGUGUUCAUGGCCAUGUGGUAAUCCCAGCUCCUUUCCUCCAUGGCCAUGUGAUAAUCUCAGCUCCUUUCCCUCAUAGCCGUCAUGAGCAAAGCACUAGCUCCAUGAAGCUAGGAGGUUUCCAAGGUCCCAGACUGCAGAACCUUCCAGCCUGGGUGACCUCUGUCUCCACUGGACGUUCUUUCUUACACUUCCACAAUCCCAGGGCCCACAUGCUGUAGCUCACCCAGGGUUAUCUACAAAUUUGUUUUUUCUUAAAGUCUCUUGGGCAUAAAAUCACCUUAUAUGAAAAAGAAAGACAGCAAAGUUCGGUGAGCCUCACAUUGGAAACACAAACGCCUGUUUGCUCGGUACUCCUUGUGCGCGUCACCAAAUCUCCUUGGGUUCCAGUUUCAUUGUCUUUAAAAACAAAAAUUAUACAACCUACCUCCUGGGGGUGUUGUGAAAGGCACAGCUGAUGGGAGCUUGGGAAUCCAGUUUUAAUCCAUAGAGACUGCCUACAGAAGUUUUCCACUGGGAUCAUAAGAGAGGCUCAAAGUCCCCAAGCAGGACACUGGCAUAUGGCAGUGUUGCUCAGAGGUAGGGAGAAUGGAGCAAAUAAUAAGCUAAAAAUGCUUUAAAUGGGUUUAUUUUGACCUCAAAGCACACUUUAAGAGCAAACCCCCACAUUAAUAAAUAUUCUACUCCAGUGGUUCUCAAACACUGAUACGCGUGCAGAUCCCUGGGGAUCUUGUUAGAAUGUAGGAGGUCUAGGAGGGGGAGGGGCUGAGAAUCUGCAUUUCUAACCAGCUCCCAGGGGAUAGCAAUGCUGCUGGGCCACACCACACUUGGAGUAGCAGGGCUCUGGCCUUCGACUGUUUCUGUUUCUCUAUUAAAAUGCUGCCCCUCAA